UCGGCGUCCGCUAUACAAGUCUGCCACUCCAAGGAACGGCUUCGGCUACAGCAAUUUCAUAGUGUCAGAGAUCAAACACUCACUUUUGACAUGCACGUUUUCCAUUUCACCGUAUUUUUCGUGCUGCUGAUGCGAGAGGUAGACGGAUGGGGGACGAGUGCCAAGUACGCGGUGAACUGCCCCGAGCGCUGCAAUGUGGAUCUGUGCGGCGGAACUCAGCGGUGCAAACGGACGGUCCUAGAUGACUGCGGUUGCUGUCAGGUUUGUGCCGCGGGCAGGGGAGAACACUGUUACCGCACUGUCUCCGGAAUGCACGGCGUGAAGUGCGGGCCGGGACUGUUCUGCGAGUUUUACAAAGAGGAGGACGAUUACGGAGAUGAAUACGGCAUAUGCAAAGAUUGCAUGUAUGGAACCUAUGGAGUUGAAUGCCGCAAGACCUGCAACUGCAAGGCCGGAGGCAUCUGUGACAGGGAAACCGGGGCCUGUCUCACCUUCAAAUUCUUUGCAAAGCUUCCGUCCAGGCAGGCCACCCACCUAAAGGCUCAGCCCCUUGCAGGAAAUGAGAUGGGAUCUGGUGACAGCAGCAGCAGUGUGAAUGGGGAGAGAUCCCCUACUCCAAAGUGGCUGAACCCGCGUUGACCUGAACCAAGAAGACUUAGGUUAUUCAGUGUAAAUGUAGCAAAGUAGUAACUUAAAUGAUUAAAAAGAUAUAUUUUAUUAUGUUAAAAACAACAAAGAUAAUUAUAUGGAGAGUUUUAUAUGAUGCUGUUGAUUUGUGUUGUACUUGUGUUUUACACCAAUGCUUCCCCCUCCCCUAUUAGUCAAGCCUCAUGUUAACAAGCAUAUGAAUGUGAAUGCAUAUCUGUACAUUGAGUGGCUGCUCAGUGAACUGAUUUGGUGGCCUUACAGGUUUGGUUUCAGUAAGGUUCAAAUCCCUUACAAUUCUGUGUGUAAUACAGACAGCCUGGAGCUCAUUUCAGUAACAUUGCAAAUUGUCCUUUGAGUAACCAAA